GGCUCCGAACGUUCCACUACGAGGUGCUUCCAUUGUGACGUCGCGCCGUAGCGGCCACAGUUCCUUUGUGUCUCCAUAUAUGGUCAUCUACGUCACGGACAUGUUCCGCCCCCCUGGUUUUAACGAGAAAAAGCGUUGGAGUUCCCUCGGCCGAGCGACACAGCGCGCGAGCAGCCAGUGCACUUGUGCAAUCAGCACCAACAUCAUCGCUCCUUUCGAUUCAGAGACUUAAAACUAUCCCAGCAAGCAAGCGAUGCAGAAAUAGCGUACUCAUUUAUUUGGUUAAAAAAUAAACAAACAAACAAGGAAAAAGAAGAAGAAGAAGCUUGAGCCGAGGCAUCUUCAUUUCAACCGGGAACUUGGAUACAAUCAUACUUUAAGGGAUUCUUUUGUUGUUGUUGAUUUUUUAAUUUUUUUUUAUUUUUUUUAUUUUUGCUCGUAUUUUGUUCUCGACUUUAGAUAAGCGCGGAAGACUGGAGACCGCGGGCGAGUUAAAGCCCGCGCGCUGUCGCCGACACGAGCCACUUGAUUGAACUUGCUAUGACAGGUAAAUUAGCGGAGAAGCUCCCUCUUACCAUGAGCAGUUUAAUCAACGCCAUACCUGACAGCCUUUAUCCUGAAGAGGACAUUCCCACUUCAUCUAUGAACAUCUUCACCAGCACGGACCCCGUCUCGCACUACUCGCAAAUGAACACAGAUAAUAUCAUGGACUUAGGAAUGGGAGGUGAGAAGAGCAGCAAUGAGAUCCAGUAUGCUUCCAACAGUUUUCAGUCUAAUCGAAGCGGGCAAACAGUGACGUAUUUGGGAAAGUUUGCCUUCGACACCCCUCCUUCAGGCGGCAUUGGGAGCUCAGGCUGGUGCCCGGACAACAACAUCAUCAGCCUGGUGAGUGCUGGCAUCCUCGGCGUGUCCCCAUCGCCGGGUAGCAUCACCACGCAGACGUCAUCAUCGGGCGGCAUGAGCGUCCAAUCUUCGGACAUUGACCAAGUGUACGCCCCGCCCCUUCCUGCUUACUCCGCCUGCGGUGACAUGUACCAGGAGCAGGUGGCGUUCCACCACAGCCCUGCAGCGUCGUCAUCGCUGUCCUACCCACCCUCCGAGUACCACAGUACCACCAAAGCCGUAGACGCCAGCCUCUUCUCCAUGAUCCCCGACUACAACCUGUUCCAGCACCAAGGUGGCGCGGGUGAAGCGGGCGCCAUGGAACACAAGCCUUUCCAAAGCGUGGAGCCCCUUCGUGUAAACCCACCACCUAUCACGCCGCUCGAGACCAUCCGGGCGUUUAAGGACAAGCAGCAGCUGCAGCCGGGCUUCCUGGGCUCGCAGCAGCACCACAUUUCCCAGCACCACCACCACCACCACCAGCCCCAAACUCUCGCCCUUAAACCCGUCCGCCCUCGAAAGUACCCGAACCGGCCGAGCAAGACGCCGGUGCACGAGCGUCCCCACGCGUGCCCUGCCGAGCACUGCGACCGGCGCUUCUCGCGCUCUGACGAGCUUACGCGCCACUUGCGCAUCCACACAGGCCACAAGCCCUUCCAGUGCCGCAUCUGCAUGCGCUCGUUCAGCCGCAGCGACCACCUGACCACGCACAUCCGCACGCACACCGGCGAGAAACCUUUCUCCUGCGACUUCUGCGGACGCAAGUUCGCUCGCAGCGAUGAGCGCAAGCGUCACGCCAAGGUGCACCUCAAGCACAAGGACAAGAAACCUGCAGAGAAGGCGGGCAGCUCGAGUGCCACGGCAACGACAGCGACUCGCUCAUCUCCACCUGGCUCCUGCGGGAGCAGCGGCGCCAGCGGGGCCAACGUCCUGACUGUUACAACAUGCGCAUAGGACUGAGAAUGACACUAGUGUUUGAUAAGAACGAGGGAGGAAGAAACUGAGCUCUUUCCUUUCUUCUGAAAGGCCUAGUCAUUGACUCUCACAAACUCUCCCUCUCUUCAUGCAUUAGUUCUUUGGUUACAAUGUUUUUAUAAGGUGGUAUAGUCACAUUCACGUCAACCCUUACCAGGGGGUUGAGGGGACACACUAGUGUUUAAUGGCAGGGAGAAUAGCAGAGUGGGGUAGCAGCCGGUGGACAGUCAGGUCAUCCCAGGAAGAAAACAAAAACAAGGCACUUUUUUUUCGGGGGGUGGGUGGGGGUGGGAGCAUUACAGGCUCAGGGAGUCCUAACUUCCGGCUCCGUGGACCUACACACUCCAGUGAUAUUUCAGUCUAUCUCAGAUUAGUACGUUUUUAAAAUAAAUCUAGAAUCCAAGCUCACCAACUCUUGGCGUCGAUUAUUUUUUUACACCGCAUUUCAGCUUGUCGAUGGCUCGUCAAAUACGAAAAAGUGCAAUUUAAUUUCCUCAACUUUGUUAGUACCUUGUUUGCGCUGCACUUUGGUUCCUGUUGUUUUUGUGUUUAAAUAAUGCUCGUUAGUUAUUUAAUUGAUGAUAUUUUUUUUUAAACGAUGUGCCAAAAUCUGUUUUGAAAUACUACAGCCAAUAAUUAUUAUUAUUAUUAUUAUUAUUAUUAUUAUUUUAAUUUUGUGUUGUCGUUCUCAUGAGUGUAGCAGGGACUUUUAUAGCGAAGCUACCGGACGAUCGAGUUUAAGGGAAAGCCUCGAAUAUUACAGCACUGAAAGGCUCAGCGAGUUUUGAGUAUCAAGUGGGUGUUUCUUGUGUAAUUAGGCCGUGUUAUCUUAAUAUCUCAAAAUCCCAUCAGUACAAUUAAGCAGAUCUGGACGCCUUUUGGUAAACAGUAACAGAUUGCCUGUACAAUACCAUGAGAAAAAAAAAUAAAUAAAAAAGCAAGUAUGUUUCUUGGCAUCCGAGCUCACUUAAGUGCAGUUUACUUAUAUUAGCAUGAAAUUAAGAUAAGAUAAGAUCUGUGGUGUUUACUUCUGCGGAGUGCAGAAUCUGGGAAGGACAAAAAGCUACACGUACUUCUGUUAAACGCCGAGAUUUAUAAUCGUCCUGCCAUUUCACUGUUUUUAUUUUUGUUACUAUAAUAGUGAUUUUAUUCAACACCCCCCCCCCCCUCCCCCAGUCUGUAUGCCUGCAUGCAUCAUGUGUUGGUAGUGUGUCUGGAUUAGCACUGAAACAGAAGGACAUUCCUGGGAGCAAUAGCCUGUGUGUGCAUCUCAACCCCUCGGAACAGGGAGUUGAAUGAAAUGAUGUGAAAUGAUGUCAUGAUGAUAUUUAUGUGUGUGUCAUUGUUGUUGCUGUUGUGUUGUUGCUAACGAGUUCCCAUUGGUUUAUCUUGCUACGUUUCACGCGUCGUUUGUUCAGCACACACACACACACACACACACUCACACACACACAGCAAAACGAUGGAAAUAACAGCUUUAGAGCAUUAAUCUGGGACGCCGGAAAAACUUCCUGACUGAACUCAGCCAUAUGCAUGCCAUUAGAGAUGUUUUUGGAUAAAAAAAAAACAAAAACAAAAAAAAAAACAGUUUGGACAUUUGUUUGUUUGUUUUCUUUCUUCUCUCCCUUACAGCUCUGAGGAGCGGCAGCAGUAACGUGGUAUCCUCCACGUGUUUUCUUUGUUUUUUUUUUUUUUGUGUGUGUGUUUGUUUGUUUUCCUCCUACAUGGAACACACUGAGAGAUUCUGACUAUCCGAGAGUGGAUGGUCUUUUGUACAGUCGCCUAUAUAAACACACGGCACACACACACACACACACACACACGUGGUGUUUUCUACUAAAGAAUGUACAGUUUAAUGGAAAGCAAUGCGCUUCAGUAUUACAGCGUGUGUCCGUGCGGACGCACGCGCCUCCGCACUCCCAGAUCCGACCCGGAAGUGUAAAGGGUGUGUUAACGUAGGCUACAUUUCUGAAGACUGUGUACAUAAUGUAGAAUGUGUUUUUUUUUUGUUGUUGUUGUUGUUGUUGUUUUUCUUUUUGUUCGUUUCGUUUUUGUUCUGUUUUUUUUUUUUUAACUGUGAGUGCGUUAAAAAGAAAAAGAAAAAAAAAAGAAAAAGAAAAAAAGAAGAAGCAUUGUCCAACAGUGUCAAAUCUGAUGCAUCCUACGUCCUGAAAUAUUGUUUUUGUGCAUAAUAUACAAAGAUGGAGACACACUGAAUGAUGUGUUUAUUAAAGAAAUAAACCAUAAGGUUAUUUGGAACAAAAAAA